AUGGCUACCCCUAGUGUUCUCGCCUUUGACGCUGAGGGUCGGGCCAUUGACUUUGAGGUCUGGGUAGAUGACCUGCAGCUGUUCUUACAGUGCGAUAGGGCAGACGGCCUCUCUCUCUUUGACCUCACCUCUAGCGCCUCCCCUGCCCCUGCUGCUGAUGCUGAAGCCACUGUUCGCUCCCAGUGGGCCACGCGCGACGCUGCUGCACGUCUUGCUGUGCGUCGCCACCUCCCUACCUCCGAGCGUGCGCACUUUAGUCAGUACAAGAGUGCUCACACCUUGUACGACGCUGUAGUUGCGCGCUACUCCUCCCCUGCCACUGCUGCACUGAGCCGUCUCAUGCUACCGUACCUCUUUCCUGACCUUGCUGCCUUUCCCACAGUCGCUGUUCUCAUUACGCACCUCCGCACUAGUGACACUCGCUACCGCGCUGCACUUCCUCCUGACUUCUGCGCCAAGAACCCCCCCCCCCCCAUGUACAUCACUCUUUACUACAUAGUCACUCGCCUUCCUGACUCCAUUCGCGUAGUCAAAGACCACUACCUCUCUGUCUGUCCCACCACUCUCACUGUUGACCUCCUCGAGAAGUCCCUCCUAGCGGCCGAGAAGAGCAUAGUCGCUGUAGGGGCCUCUCGUGGUGACCCGCGCACCCCCAUCUUUGAGGGGUGUUCCCCCUCCCCCCUUAUGCCCUCUGUUGCCUCUGCUGCUGCGGCCGACCUCCUUGGUCUUGAGUCGGUCAGUGCGGCGUCUGCCCCUACCGGGACAUGCCGCUCUUGCAAAGGCAAGGGGGGCAAGGGCGCUGGAGGAGCGAGCGGGGGCGGUGGAGGUGGAGGUGGCGGUAGUGGGGGGAGUGAGGGUGGUGGUGGGAGUGGAGGUGGGGAUGGAGGGGUCGGUGGCGGCAGUGGAGGCGGAGGUGGCGGCGGCGGUGGCGGUGGGAGCGGAGGUGGCGGAGGUGGCGGUGGUGGAGGCGGAGGAGGAGGCGGCGGAAGUAGCGGAGGCGCCGGAGCGUCGUGA